UGCGCGUGGAGGGGGGCGUCAUGAGACGACUUGUCCCUUCCUCCUCAGACUCUCUCUGUCUUCUCUCACUUUAGUCCGUCUCCGUCUCCGUCAUGUCUGUCCCGGUCCCAGCGCCGAGCUGUUAGCCGUUAGCCGGUGAUGCUCCGCGGCGUCCGCAGGCGGGAGACGGCUCGCUGCCAGCGGCGGCGGCGGCGGUGACUGACUGGUGGAAGUAAACCCCGGAACUCGCGGGCGGUCGGAAGCGGCUAGCCGUUAGCCGUUAGCCGUAGCUUUUUGUUGACAGUGCGCUGCCCGCUGUCAAAGCUCGAGCCGAGCCGGCGGAGCGGGACUUCCACUCAGCCUCCACGAGACCCGCGACGCCCCCCCCCUCUCCGUUUUUAAUUCCGGCGUGCGUGAAGUUUCUGUCACUUUUUAAACCACUUGUGGAUCCAGAAGAUGGCUUCAAGAGGAGGCUUCGCGGGUCCUCCGAUGAACCCGGGCAUGAGCCCCAUGAACGUGGGGCAUGUUGCGGGCAUGAGGAUGCCCGGAAUGCCGCAGUCUCCGGCGGGUUACCCCCGAAGCAUGAGCGGCGCUCCGCAGUACCCCCAGCGCCCAGGGAUGCCACCAAGCAGAGUUGGGGGCCCCAUGGGGUCAAUGGGGGGUCAGCUGCCAGGGCCCUCUUAUGGCAGCGGAGGGAGCAUUCCCAUGAGGCCAGGCAUGGGUCCUCCAGGCAUGGACCCCUCAAGGAAGCGGUUCCUCCAUCAGCAGCAGCAGCAGCAUGAGGCACUGGGAGGCCUCAGGCGAGGGCCAAAAAGACGCAAGAUGGCUGACAAAGUCCUGCCUCAGAGGAUCCGGGACCUGGUUCCAGAGUCCCAGGCCUACAUGGACCUCCUGGCAUUUGAGCGGAAGCUGGAUCAGACCAUCGCACGGAAACGGAUGGAGAUCCAGGAGGCCAUCAAGAAACCCAUCAUGCAAAAGCGCAAGCUCAGGAUCUACAUUUCCAACACUUACACCCCCAGCAAGCCGGAGGGCGAGGAGUCCGAGAAGGUUUCCUCCUGGGAGCUGCGAGUGGAGGGCAAACUCCUGGAGGAGCCCGGCAAGCAGAAGAGGAAGUUCUCGUCUUUCUUCAAAAGCCUCGUCAUCGAGCUCGACAAGGAGCUCUACGGUCCCGACAAUCAUUUAGUGGAGUGGCACAGAAUGCCCUCCACCCAGGAGACAGAUGGUUUCCAGGUGAAGAGGCCGGGCGACGUGAACGUCAAAUGCACCCUCCUACUCAUGCUGGACCACCAGCCUCCUCAGUAUAAGCUGGACCCCCGCUUGGCCCGUCUGCUGGGCGUGCACACGCAGACCCGGGCCAGCAUCAUGCAGGCGCUCUGGCUGUACAUCAAGAACAACAAGCUGCAGGACGGUCACGAGAAGGAGUACAUCAACUGCAACCGCUACUUCCGACAGAUCUUUGGUUGUCCGCGCAUGAGAUUUUCUGAGAUUCCCAUGAAGCUGGCGGGCCUGCUGCAGCACCCUGACCCCAUUAUCAUCAAUCACAUCAUUAGCGUGGACCCCACCGACCAGAAGAAGACUGCGUGCUAUGACAUUGACGUGGAGGUGGACGACCCCCUGAAGGGCCAAAUGAACAGCUUCCUGUCCUCUACAACCAACCAACAGGAAAUAGCCACUCUGGAAGUAAAGAUCCAUGAAACCAUCGAGUACAUCAACCAGCUGAAGACAGAGAGAGACUUUAUGCUGAGCUUCAGUAACAACCCACAGGACUUCAUCCAGGACUGGCUGAAGUCUCAGAGCAGAGACCUGAAGCUCAUGACGGAUGUGACGGGGAACCCAGAGGAGGAGAGGAGGACUGAGUUUUACCAGGCGCCCUGGGUCCCAGAGGCAGUGGGCAGAUACGUUUACUCUAAAGUGCAGCAGCGGAGGCAAGAGCUGGAGCAGGUGUUGGGAAUCCGACUCACCUAAACCCGAAUGACCACAUCCGACCGGAGCUCAUUCCUCAUGUUAAUAUAUAUCAGUUCGACUGGAAAACAAGCUAAUGUUGCAGGUUUCAAAGCCAUCCUCACCGACAGAGUGGGACCAAAGUAAUGUCUAUUGAUGCAUUUGCUUUAUUUUUGCAUUGAGCCUUUUCUAUUUUUACAUCGUUGCCUUUUAUUUGCAAUAUGUUGUUGCUUAUGGUACAAAUAGUUAAACCUGUUAAAGCACUGGUGCUGUUUAGGGUUUGCUUUAACGUCGUGUUGCAUGCUAUUUGGAGAGGGUGUCUGUUUACCUUUCCAUUUAAAGCCAUAAUCUUCAGGCGGGAGCAUAUCUUUGUGUAUAUUUUUACUCAAAAAGAGAAACAUUGAGGUUCCUGACCUGGGAACAGGCUGAGUGUCUUAUAGGUGGAUAUAAGUUGAUUAAAGGCCUUCUUUUUUAAAAAUAUACCAGCAGUGAUCUUUCAAGUUUAGCUGCUGUGUUUUUGCCCAAAGAAGGAUCUGGGCAUAAAGUCCUCAUUUGCUCCAGAAUGAGUCCGCUCUGUUCAGCCGUUGUUUGUCUGCAGUGCUUCUUUAAUACGCUUUCUGAAUGUUUACACGCCGUUUCAUUCCUUUAUGUAGCAUUUUAUCAUUUUAAAGGCAGAGAAAGGAUGUGUUGGAUCGAGGAGGUUCAAACUCUCCCGCUUGAGAUUACUUAUAAAAUAGGAAUAUAACCCGAGUGUGUUGAAAAGUUGUCAGUGAACUGCUUCUUCUUAAAUGUUUCCUAUGAAUGUCCUGUGAAGUUCUUGAAACAUUCCCUGUUCAGAUAUCACUGUGCCAAAAUGUGCACUUAAGUUUAAAAUUUUUGCUAAUGUUUUUUUUUUUUUUUUUUUAUAAAAUGUUGGCAUGUUGUGUAUUAAUCAAAAACCUUUAUCUUUUAUACAUUUGGAGUAUUUUUUCAAUAAAUAUACUUACAAAUGA